AUGGGUGGCGUCACAAGCUUCUUGAACCAGGAUGCACGGAGGGAGGUUCCAGACUCGACCUUCGAACACAUUGCCCAGUUCGUGCCGAAGUGGGAGUGGCAGGGCGAUGACGGUACCUAUGUACCUUACGACGCAAAGCUCGCGCUGAAGCUCGAGAAGGCCUUCUCGAAGCUCCAGGAAGCUUCGGCCUCGAUGGUCGAGCUCAGCGCAUCAGUCACUGUAGACUUGACCCAGAUGCGGGAG